CUGAAAGUCUCAUAAUAAUAAUAAUCAUGGCAAUCUUAUCUUCAUGCUCUCCCCUAGCCCUCACCACCGUCCAUUCUUCCUCAACUUCUUCAGCUCCGAGACUACUCCUCCAUUCUUCUCCAACGUCAACGCCCUUAACUCACUUCCCAACCUCCAAACCCCUCACCGCCGUUACCCUCCUCCACACGCCGUUAACUACUUGUGCUGGUUCUGAUCCGCAGAAGUGGAGAGUCAGUGUCUCAUUCUUUUCUUCACUUUUACCAAAAAAAGGAAAAGACGCUACAGAGCUCAAGGAAGAGCUUCUCGAGGCCAUUGCUCCUCUUGAUCGUGGCGCUGAGGCCACCCCAGAAGACCAGGAGAGAAUUGAUCAGAUUGCCCGCAAACUUGAAGCAGCUAAUCCAACAAAGGAACCACUUAAAUCUGAUUUAUUAAACGGAAAAUGGGAGCUCAUAUACACUACAUCAGCAUCGAUUUUGCAAACCGGGAGACCUAAAUUUUUAAGAUCAGUUACAAACUACCAAGCUAUCAAUGUGGACACACUUAGGGCGCAAAAUAUGGAGUCCAGGCCUUUCUUUAAUCAGGUAACAGCAGAUUUAACACCUUUGAACUCAAGAAAGGUGGCGGUAAAGUUUGAUUAUUUCAAAAUUGCAGGUCUGAUUCCAGUAAAGGCACCUGAUAGAGCCCGUGGAGAAUUAGAAAUCACAUACUUGGAUGAAGAGUUACGUGUGUCUAGAGGUGAUAAGGGAAACUUGUUCAUCUUGAAAAUGAUUGAUCGGUCUUACCGGGUUCCUGUCUGAAUGGCUCAACUUGCUGUCUUUCACAUUGCCUCCUAUCAAAUGCCUUGACAGCUUUGACAAAUGAACUUGAAUUCUGAAACUUGACGUUUUCCCAGAAGAAUCUCCAACCAACUUGUAUGUCUCUUCACAUAUAUCCAAUAUACAAUGCUAGAUACUUGGAAGCCGGAAACUUUUCAUCUAGUGGCUCAGCUACCAUUAUCAACUGCCCUAUACUUGCAUUUGCACACAAACCAUCAAGACAAACAGUAAUAGUGGACUUGCUUUGUGGAGUACUUGUAAUGUUAAUGUAAUGUAUAUUAGACUUAUUUUUAUUCUUCCUUUUGAAACAGCUUCAAAAGCUGACAUGUACAUAAAGUGGAAUAAGUGACAUUGUGGAAUGCUUGGGGAUUUGGUUGUAGUAUCUCAAGUACUAGAGUUGAGCUCAUGCUUGUACAAGAAAUAGUUGACAGAUCCCUUAUCACAUGUUCCAUUAAUAAAGAAAUUCGAAAUUUCUUUUGUAAAA